AUGAAAGACGUCUAUGAAUACCUGAUGACCCUCCCUUCGAUCCUUCCCAGUGGAUUCGACCUCUAUAUCUCCUACAUUUUACACACCUUUACUUCCAGCCACGCGUUUGCACUCAUCCCCGCGGCACAUUUGGGGCCUUAUGAUCCGUCUAUUCUGCCACAGACACAUAUAGGGAGCGUAGGUGCGCUUGAUGGACAGGUUGACACUGAGGGCGAGAAACAGCAAUCAGGUGACGAAACCGAGUACGGGGCAAAGACAGGUGUCACAGAAGGGGCGAUUCGAAUGAAAGCAAGUCGUAGUGCUCUUGCUCUUGAGGACUGGGUGAACCGCAUGGGCGACGGGAAUAUCAAGAGCGGUGAAGAGAAUGGCAGGGGAAAACGGUCCGCACGAAACGGUCCUCCAAGCAACUCAGCGGUUGAUGUGGAAAAAGAGGGUUCGGAAGAGCAGUCUGUAGAGGCAUCGGAGUCUAAGGCAAAAGCAGAGGAAGAGUACUUUAGGUCUAAAGGAGACCUUUUGAAACUUGCUAUGCUUUCCCCUCCCCAUGCCACAAUUCAAGACGAAGAGGACGACCAUCAAAUGGAAGUCGAUUCCGUACUCCCUAGUACAACGAAUCGCACACCCAAAUCGCUUCGUGAGGCACUAUCGGAAGCGGAGUCCCUUGCAGUCCAAGACAUCCGGGAACUUGACGCCCUUGUUCGCUCGAGGGGUUGGAACAUUCCUCUCGGCGCUUCCCUUUUGGAGAGGGCUGAAAGCCAAUUGGGAACUGGGGAUGGAUUGGAGGGACGUGAUGUAGAGAUUGGUGGGCUGUUGAAGAUGGUACACAGGAGUGAGGGUAAUACAGGUGCUCCCGAAAACAAAGCUGGGACGAGUACAUCCAGGCGAAAGAAGAAUUAG